AUGGAUGACAACGCGUCUAAACUCGCCCGGCGAGUACACCGAUCAGAAAUUGACAUCAAAAACACCACGAUCAACGAGCUACGAAAGAUGAACCACAUUCUAGACAACUGCCCUCUGUGCCACCACGAGGAAACAAACACCCCUCCAAUCGCACCUAUAGUAUCACUCGCCACGCGUGUGUUUAUGACCCUCCCUACAGAGCCGGAAAUAAGUCCCGGAAGUGCGACAAUCGUCCCGAUCCAGCACCGAACAAACCUCCUAGAAUGCGACGACGACGAAUGGGAGGAAAUCCGAAACUUCAUGAAGAGCCUCACCCGCAUGUACCACGAACAAGGCCGCGAUGUCAUCUUCUACGAGAAUGCCGCAGCGCCCAGCCGGAAGCGGCACGCAUCCAUGGAAGCUGUGCCCCUCCCCUACAGCCUCGGAGAGACAUCACCCGCAUUCUUUAGAGAAGCAAUCCUCUCUGCAGACGAGGAGUGGACGCAGCACCGCAAACUGAUCGACACCCUUGCCAAGUCGAAGCAGGGUCUCGGCCGGAACGCCUUCCGACGCACCCUCGCAAAGGAAAUGCCGUAUUUCCACGUCUGGUUCCAGCUCGAUGGCGGGCUAGGGCAUAUCGUCGAGGACUCAAACCGCUGGCCAAAGGGCGAUCUCUUCGCGCGUGAAGUCAUCGGUGGAAUGCUGGAUGUAGGCCCCGAGGUGAUCAAGCGGCAGGGGCGCUGGACCCGAGGAGGAGACCGGCGCGUGGCCGGGUUCCAGAGCCGAUGGAGGAAGUUCGAUUGGACUAGGGUUCUUGUAGAAGGGUGA